UUUCAAUAUCCGGGAAUAAUAUGGCGAUCCGAAACUCUGACGAUAGACAGAGAAUUUAACACUGCUGAAAAAUUGAUUAAUUUGCUAGAAAUUUUAAACGGACGCGCGAAUCGAAAGUAAAUCAAAAAGAAUAACCCCAACAACACAGAACCUCCAGCGAGAGAGUAAAAUGAAUAAUGAUGCGAAAAACCAUGAAAGCGAUGACUUGAAUGUGCGCUCCACAGCGUAUUUUAACCAACAAACCACAACCAAUCAACCGAAAGCACCAGCAACGAGCAAGAAUAACGCAGGCUCUGGCUCUGGAUCCAAUAAUAACAAUAACAACACCAAUCAAAACCCCAACAGACAGUUGAAUCAUAAUUUACCCCGAAUCGCUGCCGCCAGACAAUCGAUAGCCGCCGCUCUAUUGAAAAACAGCGGGCGGAAGAUCCUGACGGCCAAGAAUGAGCCACUGACGACGACGGAGUCAUCAGGCGUUUUAACCAACACACCUUUACCCAGCAAUAGUCGAUUGAAAGUUAACAACAACAACAACAACACCAAUAACACUGCCAAGAUGUCUGGAACCAGUAGCAGUCAGUCCUCGGCCACGCCCACACCGCCCACGGCCAGCAGCAGCACAACCACCACAACAACAACGAACAUCAGCAGCGGAGGCGGUGGGAGUGGCAGCAGUGGCGGUGGCAGCACCACGGUCAUUGCCAAUCCCGCAUCGGUAACCAACACCGGAGCUGGAAGUGCCGCCAAGUUCCGUGCCGCCGUGGCCUCGGCGCCCAGCCCAGCACUGCCUGCAACCAACGCCCCUGCAAAUGCAACUGCUGCUGCGGCAACAGCAGCAAUCGCAACUGCUCCUGCCCCCAGUAGUAGCUCCUCCAGCUCCUCGUCCUCGAAGAAGACCCGAGCAGCAGUGGCCGCCCUGAAGCGACAGGUGGCCUUGCAACAGCAGCAGCCCGUUACCGGUAAUGCACCCAACUUGACCAGCAAGGAUUCGGCGCAUUUGAAAUUCGCCGCAACCACUCUGCUGAUGGGCGCCGCCGCAGCUGCCGCCGAUAGCAACGCUGGCGCUGCUACCGGUGGAUCAGGCGCAGGAGGAUCAGGAUCAUCAUCAUCAGUAGGAGCGGUAGGCGGGGCCAGAAUGGCCCUGAAUCCCGCCGUUGAUAUGGCCAAUGCCGCUGUCGUGCUUAAGCAAAAGCUAAAGGAUGCGGCUGCCGCUGCCUCGGCCUCCGCCUCCAAUCGCUCCGCCACCUCGUCCAUGUCGUCAACCGCCUCCUCCCUAUCUUCGUCGGCGGGCAUCGUGAAUGCCAUUUCCUCGGCGCUGCAGAACAUCAUCACGCCGGAUACGGACACCGACACCGAGUUCUAUCCCCAGCCCGUCACCACAGACCUGUCCGAAUCGGAGGAGGAGUCCGUUUCAGAGAUCCUAUUGGCAUUCUUGUGUUUAAGGCCAGAUCUCCUGGACGAUAUUCCAGAAUCGGAUCCAGAUAGCUGUCCGCACGAGGGUGAGGUGCGCGAGGAUGAGGACGAAACGGAGGAGGAGUCGGAAGACUCUGAUGAGUCCGAAGGCGAAGAAGAAGAGGAGGACGAAGAGGAGAUAGAUGUGCUACAGGACAACGACGCGGACGACGAGGAGAUCGACGAUGAGGACGAGGAAGAGGACGCGCCCGAAGUGAGUUCCUUCCUCCUGGAUGCCAACAACAAGCGUUCCAGCAAUAUCUCUGCUCUGCUCGAGGCCGCGGCCAACGAGAAGGCUCCUGUCCUGCGCCACGCCACUCACGCCAUCGACGAGACCAAGCAGGCGCUGACAAAGAUGCGCUGCGCCAACAGUCCCCGCGAUAAGAACAGUGGAUUCUCCAGAUCACUCGUGGCUGCCUGCACGGAUAAUGAUGUCAAUACGGUGAAGCGGCUGCUUUGCAAGGGCAACGUGAACCUGAACGAUGCCGCCGCCUCCACGGAUGAUGGCGAGUCCCUGCUCUCCAUGGCCUGCUCUGCGGGCUACUACGAAUUGGCUCAGGUUCUGCUGGCUAUGUCUGCCGCCCAGGUGGAGGACAAAGGGCAAAAGGACUCAACGCCUUUAAUGGAAGCUGCAUCCGCCGGUCAUUUGGACAUCGUCAAACUGCUGCUCAACCACAACGCCGAUGUGAACGCCCACUGCGCCACGGGCAACACCCCGCUCAUGUUUGCUUGCGCCGGUGGUCAGGUGGAUGUGGUGAAGGUGCUGCUCAAGCACGGUGCCAACGUCGAGGAGCAGAACGAGAACGGACACACUCCCUUGAUGGAAGCAGCUUCCGCCGGCCACGUGGAGGUAGCCAAGGUGCUGCUUGAACAUGGAGCCGGCAUCAACACCCACUCAAAUGAAUUCAAGGAGAGCGCCCUCACACUAGCCUGCUACAAGGGUCACCUGGACAUGGUGCGAUUCCUGCUUCAGGCAGGUGCAGAUCAGGAGCACAAAACCGACGAAAUGCACACUGCCCUAAUGGAGGCUUCGAUGGACGGCCAUGUGGAGGUUGCUCGCCUGCUGCUGGACUCCGGUGCCCAAGUGAACAUGCCUACGGACUCUUUCGAGUCCCCGCUAACGUUGGCGGCUUGCGGUGGUCACGUGGAAUUGGCAACACUCUUGAUCGAGAGGGGAGCCAACAUCGAAGAGGUGAACGACGAGGGUUACACCCCGCUCAUGGAGGCCGCUCGCGAGGGACACGAGGAGAUGGUAGCCCUCUUGCUCAGCAAGGGUGCAAACAUCAAUGCCACGACCGAGGAGACCCAGGAGACAGCUUUGACGCUGGCCUGUUGCGGUGGCUUCAUGGAGGUGGCUGCAUUCCUGAUCAAGGAGGGAGCUAAUCUUGAGCUGGGUGCUUCCACACCGCUCAUGGAAGCUUCGCAGGAGGGACACACCGAUUUGGUAAGCUUCCUGCUGAAGAAGAAGGCCAAUGUUCAUGCAGAGACCCAGACGGGCGAUACUGCCUUGACGCAUGCCUGUGAGAACGGACACACAGAUGCGGCCGGUGUGCUGCUAUCGUACGGAGCUGAACUGGAGCACGAGUCCGAGGGUGGUCGAACGCCACUAAUGAAAGCUUGUCGUGCCGGACACCUGUGCACAGUCAAGUUCCUCAUUCAAAAGGGCGCUAAUGUCAACAAACAGACCACCAGUAAUGACCACACUGCCUUGUCGUUAGCCUGUGCCGGGGGUCAUCAGUCUGUGGUGGAACUGCUAUUAAAAAACAACGCCGACCCGUUCCACAAGCUGAAGGACAACAGCACCAUGUUAAUCGAAGCCUCCAAGGGUGGACACACUCGUGUGGUCGAGCUACUCUUCCGCUAUCCGAACAUUUCGCCUACGGAAAACGCAGCGGCUGCGAAUGUUACCCAGGCAGCACCAACCAGCAACCAACCUGGUCCAAAUCAGAUGCGUCAAAAGAUCAUGAAGCAGCAGCUUCAGCAUCAGUUGCAGCAGCUGAACGCUCCCCCUGGCUUGCAUGAGUUGUCUGAGGCGGCACGUGCAUCCAAUCAACAACAUUUCCACCAGCAACAGUUUAGCAGUGCCGGCAAUGGAUCCUCCAACAUCGUGGCAAUGGGAACUGGCGAAUUUUUGGAUGCCGGUGAUCUGCAACUUACGGCUACUGGGGGAAUGAGUGCGGGAGCCGGAACCAGUACCACGGGCAGUGAGACUGGAAUGGAGGAGUAUGGCGAAGUCGGAGGAAUUGACUUGACUACUCUUGGCGCUCAGCAGCAGGAGGGUCUUAUUGCAAAGUCGAGAUUGUUCCAUUUGCAGCCCGGCUUUGAUCAGCAGCAACAGCAGCAGCAGCAACAACAACAGCAGCCACCUGCAGCCGGCCAGCACCAGUUAGUUCCAUGUAAGCACUUCGACCUGGACAUGGAGCACAUCAAUUCUCUGCAGCCGCCGCAAAAGGCACCGCCCGCUCCACCUGUACUCUUCCACACCGUUUGCCAGCAGCCUGUAAUGCAACAGCAGCAGCAACUUCAGCCAGGUCAGCUCAAGUUAAAGGCCAUGCUUCCCAACCGACAUCGCGCGUUGAAAACCGCCGAAGUAGUGGAGUUUAUUGACUGCCCGGUGGAUCAACAACAGCAUGGCGAGCAGGUGCGCACACAGCCUUUGGGUGAGGAUGGAAAGACCCCUCAGUUUGCAUGCGCUGGAGAGGAUCCACGGUUGCAGCGCAGACGCGGCUUUAUGCCGGAGCUAAAGAAGGGUGAACUUCCGCCGGAGAGUAGCAGCAGUGACCCUAAAGAGCUAGCCCUUAAAGGAGCCGACAACAAUCAGCCCGUACCGACAGCACUGGACAAUAGCGCCUGCGCUCAGACCCCAGCGCGAAACUCUGGCGGAGCAAUAACCCAUUCCUCGGAAGUUCUGCAGAGCACAGCUAUCAGCGACCGGCCAAAGGUAAAGGCCACCAACAAGAACAACCGGAAGCAAGCGGCCGCAGCAGCAGCAGCUGCAGCAGCAGCGGCGGCGGCAGCAGCAGCUGCUGCCCAACACGCCCAGCAAGUGUUGCCGAACCCAAUGGUCUCCAUCUAUAAUAACCUGCAUUUGCAGCACUUGCAGCAUCCGCACCUCCAGUUUCAGCAGCAACUUCAACUGCAUCACCAGCGAGUAGCUGGACUGGACAAUGCAGCGGCUGCAGCCGCAGCAGCGGCUUCAUCCGCCAACAUGGCCUACUCUAUUUCUCCGGCAUCUCCACUUCCCUCGCCCACUGGCAGCGGCAACUAUGUCGAUCAGCAGCUGCAACAGCAGACCAUGGAUGUAGCUCUACAGCGCAAGACGGCCAUGGACGAUUUCCGUGGCAUGUUGGAGACGGCGGUAAAUGGUCCAAGGGGCAGAAAAGACCUGGCUCUUAACACACCCCAGCUGAACUUCUUCAAGGACGGCUGGCAUAUGGUGGGAGUGCACAAUUUCUUUGGUGAUCAGCCAAAGUCGCCCACUGAGACUCCGCCGGAAAUGGAGGAGACUACCAUGUCCUCACCGACCGAAGGAGAUCAGCUCGGAUCCGAGCCUCCUGCCGAGAUGAAGAACUUGGCCACGCUCUGCUCGGCCGCAGCAGCAGCUGCUGCUGUGGCAGCGGUUAAUAAGGAUCAGGUUGAGAUUAGUUCGGAUCUUGAGAGCGAAUGCGAGGAUGACGGUGGUGCUGGGGCAGAUGGCGAGGAAAACACACUGCCGCCGGAGCCAAUUGAAUUAGCGGCCGCUCUAAGGGAGGAUGGCAUAAUUGUGGAGGAAGAGGAGGAUGACGAGGAGGAGGAUGAUGACGAUGAAGAGCAGGAUACCAACAGCGGUGACAAGCUGAACUAUGAUGACGAAGACGCGGAGGUGGACAACGAUGGUGAGGUAGACUACAUCGACGAAGACGAAGGUGGUGGAGAAGGCGAGGAAGAAGAAGAUGAUGCAGAUGAUGACGAGUUCUUCUUGGACGAGCCUGACAGCGACCAAGGAACUGGCAACAAUAAUAACAACUCCAAAAGCGGUGCCAGUUCGUUGCCAUUGAAACAGCGCAAAAUGGCCACUCGGUUGGAAAACCUAAUCCUGACCUCGCAGACACUGUGCGACUUCCCGCCUGAACUUAGCAACUCGGAUCUGGUUCAUGUCCUGCCCCAAAUAAGCAAUCUCAAAGCAGCGGCCAACAGCAACGCGGCUCUGAACAGCGUACUCCAGCAGAAGUUGGCAGCAGCCUCCGCGGCAGCUGCGCACGCCAAAGCGUCUGUAGUCCACCAGAAGCAGCAGCAUGGAGAGGGAGAUCAGCAAUGCGAAGAUGACGGCAGUGCUAGCACAAGUGAUCUAUAUUCGGGCUUGGAGCACUUUGCCAAUGAUGGCGAAAUGGAGGAUAUAUUCCAGGAAUUGGCAAGUAGCCUAAACUAUCCCGAGCUUGCCGAGUUUAGCCUCAAUCAGAUGUGCAAGGGUCGAUUUGCUGGAAAUUGGGCGCAAUCUUCCGGCAAGUGGACUGGUCAGGAGCAGUUGGUGGGCGUGGUAAGGUCGCCGGGUCUCAUUAACCCAGGCGACGUUCCGCAGGAUGCCCAGCGACAGGCAAAUCUUGUCCUCCUCGACUAUCCCAUGCAGCAAAACAUCCAACUAGAGCAGCGGAUACUCGAUGCUGAGGAACUGCACCUGCAGGUUGGUUUCAUUUUUCCCAUCUGCGGGAUUCGGAUUUUUAAAAAUACAAUUUACUUUUCUCUGUAUCAACACCAGCAAACACCGCUCUCCUUACUGCCCUUUACGGAUGAACAGCAGCAGCAGCUUCAUCACCAAGCUUUGCCCAAUGCAUCCGAUUUUCAGCAACACCAACAGCUUGCCCUGGAAAACGAUCCAGAACUAAAGCAGCAGCUUCAACAGUACUCCAACGCGCGCAUCAUUAAAGCUGUGGCUGCCCAGCAUCAGCAGCAGCCUCCAACCAACUUCGUUUACAACGUGGAGAGCGGCGACAAGAAUGCUCCGCCAGUGCAAUUGCUCUUCCAGUUGCCACCACACAUGGCCCAGCAUCAGGCGCAGCAACAGCAGGGCGUUGGAGAGCCUCUUACCGAACAGCAACAGCAGCAGUUACACGCUGAGCAGGCGCAUCUCUUUCAGCAUCGAACGGGCGGUCAGCGUCCGCCCACCCAGAGUGAGUUAGAGCAGGUGGCUCAAGAGCUAUUGCUUCAGCGAAGCGGCCAGGUGCCGGCAGGAGCUCCUGUUGUGGGUGUUCAAGCAAUUCCACUCAAGCAAAAACACUUUAACCUGCAUCCGCCGCCGUGCCCACCAACCUGUGUCCAGCAUCAGGUGGCCACGCAGACGCAUCCCGCUUCUGUUGUAGUGCCGCAGCCUGCUGUGGGAUAUACACAAUUCGCUCUUCAGGCCUCCCAGCAACAGCAAAUGCAACAAAACGAGCUCUCCAUUUGGCCGAUGGCCACGCCUACUCCCGCGCCCAGCAGCGGUGUGAGCUCAAACAAGUCGAUGCCCGGCGGCAUUGCCAAAAAGGCCAUUGACAAGCAGUCGCGCAAGGAACGUCGUUGCGUGGUGCGCCAGACCCCAGCCGGCAUUCAAGAGAACACCAAACUGCAUCUACAGCCUCAGGUCGCAACAGCCCAGCAACAAGUUCUAGUGCAGAACCAGUUAGCAGUUGCGACCACCGUGAGUUUGGACAAGACUAUCGAGAUAGAUUCAGAGACGGAAUCCAACCACGACACGGCUUUAACCUUGGCUUGUGCCGGCGGUCAUGAAGAGCUGGUGGAACUGUUGAUCAAUCGGGGAGCAAACAUCGAGCACCGUGAUAAGAAGGGAUUCACACCGCUUAUCCUAGCCGCUACCGCUGGCCACGACAAAGUCGUGGACAUUCUGCUCAAGCACAGCGCUGAGUUGGAGGCUCAAUCAGAGCGUACGAAGGAUACACCGUUGUCCCUGGCAUGUUCUGGCGGCCGAUACGAGGUGGUGGAACUUCUGCUUAGCGUUGGUGCCAACAAGGAGCACCGCAAUGUAUCUGAUUACACUCCACUGAGCUUGGCAGCCAGUGGGGGCUAUGUGAACAUCAUUAAACUGUUGCUUAGCCAUGGAGCAGAGAUCAACUCGCGAACGGGCAGCAAGCUGGGCAUUUCACCGCUUAUGCUAGCCGCCAUGAAUGGUCAUACGCCGGCGGUUAAGUUGCUUUUGGAUCAGGGAUCCGACAUAAAUGCCCAGAUCGAGACGAAUCGCAAUACGGCCUUGACUUUGGCUUGCUUCCAGGGCAGACACGAGGUCGUAAGUCUGCUGCUCGACCGACGGGCCAAUGUGGAGCAUCGAGCUAAGACGGGUCUGACACCACUCAUGGAAGCCGCAUCAGGCGGUUACAUAGAGGUCGGUCGCGUUCUGUUGGACAAGGGUGCGGACGUGAAUGCUGCUCCGGUACCGACGUCCAGAGAUACGGCUCUAACAAUUGCCGCCGAUAAGGGCCAUCAAAAGUUCGUGGAGCUCCUGCUAUCUCGUAAUGCCAGCGUAGAGGUAAAAAAUAAAAAGGGUAACUCCCCACUCUGGCUGGCUGCCCAUGGUGGUCACCUGAGUGUGGUUGAGCUUUUGUACGACCAUAAUGCUGACAUUGACUCACAGGAUAAUCGGCGUGUUUCCUGUCUGAUGGCUGCUUUCCGCAAGGGGCACACCAAGAUUGUGAAGUGGAUGGUACAGUAUGUGUCGCAGUUUCCCUCUGACCAGGAGAUGAUUCGCUUCAUUGGUACCAUAAGUGACAAAGAGCUGAUAGACAAGUGUUUUGACUGCAUGAAGAUCCUGCGUAGCGCCAAAGAGGCCCAGGCCGUCAAGGCCAAUAAAAAUGCUUCGAUCCUUUUGGAGGAGCUGGAUUUGGAGCGUACUCGCGAGGAGAGCCGCAAAGCUGCCGCCGCCCGUCGUCGUGAGCGCAAGAAGAAGAAGAAGAUGGAGAAGAAAGAAGAGAAACGCCGUCAACAACAGGGCAAUGGGGCUGGCGGAGAUGAUAUGCAAGGCGAUGACGAUGACGUCAGUGACAAGGAUGAUGAUUCCGACAAGGACGAUGAAGACGAGGAGGCAGCGCCGGCCGCCGCCCGCGAGGAGGGAGACUCUGGCAUCGAUCAGGGCUCGUGCUCCAGCGGAGACACCAAAGGUGCGCGCUUCGGUGGCAGUCAGUCCGCUCAGGCUGCGGAAAUGGCAGCCAAUUCCGUGUCCACCAACAACCAGGGAAAGAAGAACAAGAAGCAGGCGAAAAACAAGGUGUUGAUAUCGGUAGAACCAACUCAACCAGUAAUCACAUCGAACACCGUCCUCAAGGGCAUCUGUGCGAAGAAGCAGGCCGCAGUGGAAGUUGUAAAGCAACCUCCUGCCGCACAACAGGCUGCCCCUCUCAAGCGGCAGCUCGAGUUGAAGAAGGAGGAACCUGCUCUCAAGAAGAAGGAAGAGAAGAACAGCUCGUCCAGCAGCAGCAACAAGCGUGAGAAAGAGAAUCUUGCGCCCAAGGAGGUUGCACUGCCUGCCAAGCAGCAACCCAGUAGCUCCAGCAAACUGCAGAGCAGCGAGUCAGCGAGCAACAUAAACAGCAGCACCGCUACCAACACCAGUAGCGCCAAUACUACUCGGAAGGAAGUUGCAAAGCCAGUGUCACAAGCUGCGAGUGCCACCAGUUUGAAUCCUGCAAAGCGCACCGAAGUCGAUGGCUGGAAGGAAGUAGUCCGCAAGAGCAGCGCCCAGCAGACCACAGCGGUGGGAGCGAGUGGAGCCCCACUGCCUGUGACAGCCACCAGUUCGGCCACCAGCGUGCAGCACCAUCCGCACCACCACCUAGGCAACAGCUCCAGCAACAGCUCGAGCUCCCUGGCCACCAGCACCACUACAGCUGCGUCUUCGGUUCCCGAGAUGACCUGCAAGAAGGUGCAAGUGCCCGUAAAUGCCAUCUCCAGGGUUAUUGGACGAGGUGGAAGCAACAUCAACGCCAUUCGCGCCACCACUGGUGCUCACAUCGAGGUGGAGAAGCAGGGCAAGAACCAAUCAGAGCGUUGCAUCACGAUCAAGGGCUUAACCGAUGCUACAAAACAGGCACAUAUGCUCAUUUUGGCACUGAUCAAGGAUCCCGAUGUGGACAUAUUGCAAAUGCUGCCCAGGAUUAACAGCAGUAUUAAGCAGGCGUCUAGUGGCGGAGCGAGCACACCAAUGUCCGUGGGAACUUGGGACAAUCGCACUGCUGCCGGUGUGAAUGCGUAUACCUUUUCUUCAGCUGCGUCCACCACCUCCACAUCCUCCAGCUCGUCAGCUAGCUCUACUACACCAGCGGGAGCUUCGUACAGCAAUGCGCACAAGCAGCAGCAACAGCAGCUGCAGUCAGUGAAGGGCCCAAGUGGACGGUCAUCAACGUCGGUCAAGUCUAAUGGCAGUAGCACCAAGGUGUCGGCCUCGAGUGGAUCGGGUUCGCGGAACGGCAGGGCUGGCAGUAGCUAUCUUGCCCAACAGCAGCCUGGUCGCAGCUCCGGAGGUGGCUCUUCAAAUGGCGUGAUCAAGAGCAAGUCAGAAAGCUCUUCCAAAUCCCUGCCAGCUGCACAAAAGAGCAGUACCACUUUGGGUAAAUCAUCGACUGUGUCACCGGGUGCACAGAAUUUCGCAAAGGCAGCGGCUAUUGGACAGUCCUCGCCCAAAAAGGCUGAGGGUGGUACUACAUCUGCGGUAAUCACCUCUGCCGGUGGGCGCAGCAGUGGCGUGGUGGCUCCAUUUGGACGUGGCAAGCCUGUAGCUGGCCAAGUAGGACCUGCAGCAACGGCGGCUUCCAACGUUGCCCAGCUCGGAAGUGUAAGUGGCAACAGUAGCAACAGCAACAUAUUGGCUGGACCAAUUGGCACCUUUAAUGUAGCGGAUGUGGCCGCCGUGAAUGCAGCCGCGGCAGCAGGAGCAGCAGCUACCAACAGCAAUGUGAAACCCAUUGCUCCCAUUGCACCGCCCAGUAAGCGAGUUGGAUCUCCCAUCCAAGCCCAGCAACAGCAUCAAACACAGCAGCAGCAACAACAGCAACUACCCCAGGCAGCACCAGUUCCUGGCCCACAGCCACAACAGCAACAGCCGCAUCAGCAGCAGCAACAACAGCAGCAGCAACAACAAACGCCUCAGCAGCAGCCACAACAGCCAAACCAGCAACCACAGACGUCCCAGCAAAAUCUCGUGAUCAAUACAAACCUACUGAACGAUCUGAUGGCUGCCAGUGCAGCAAACACCACCAGCGAUAGCUUCAGUGCCCAGCUAGCAGCCAAGUUGACUAGUGCAUAUUCCCUGUUUAGUGACUACCAGCAGUCGCAGUGGGGCAAGUUGGGUGAUCCAGGCAUCGGCGGUGGAGCAGGAGCUGUGGGCGAUGGUCUGCCGCAAGCGGAUGCUUCCAAGGCACCAGGAUACAAUCGCAACAUCCUCAGCUCGCCCGUUGGCAGUUCUAAGGCCUCGUCGAAUCACUCCACCUCGCCUCCUGUAGGUAAUGUGAUACAACAGCAGCAGCAGCAGCAACAACCGCAAUCUAGCCAACAAGCUCUCAACAUCAUCACCAGUGGACCAGGAGGGCCUGCUACAGCACCAGCCAGAUCACCCAUGGUGUCAGCCAACGAGGGCAAUCCCGCAGUGGGUCAACCCUCCAUCAAUGGAACCCAAGGACUGGGUGAGACGGCUCCUGCCCAUUCACCAGGCGUUAUCAAACCGCCCACGGCCACAGUUCCCAUCCAGCGCCAUGUGCCCAUGCCGAUCUCUGCGCCGGAGGCCGGAGCACCGCCCACAUUUGGAGCGAUAGGUUCCAACCCAGCUAGCGGUAACAAUUCUGCGGCUGCCCAAGCCGCAGCUGCCGCCGCCGCCUCGGCGAUGAUCGAUCGUCAGCAGCAGAAUUUGCAGAAUAUGCAGACUUUGCAAAAUUUGCAAAGGAUGGUGGGAGCCUCGCAGCAGCAGCAGCAACAACAGCAGCUGAACUAUCCAAUGGAUCCCACAUCGUCGUUCAUCGUGGAUGCUAAUAACGUGCUGCGCCUGAAUCCACGCGUCAUCUUUCCGCAAGGCAACACCAAGCCACCGCAGCCACCGCCGCAGGGAGGAACGCAGUCGAAUGUAUUUGGAGGAAAUCCAGGCAGACAACCACCUGGAGCGGGUGCCAGACAGCCAGGAGGAGCAGCUGCACAGCGUUGGUAUGGCGGCACUCUGGAGUAUCCUUCAUACACGGGCCGUGAUAUGCUGCACCUGGAGAAUGGUGCCGGCGGAAUGGCGGGCAUGGGCUCACCAUCUGCCAUGUCGCCCAACCACGACGACAUUCGCAAGAUGCCGCGCCCCAUAGGCACUGAGCGAGCCGCAUCAUGGAAGAACAACUACUUUAAUGUGGGAGCCCCGUCACUUAACAUGGAAGAUGCUCUAGCCAGUGUGUUGCCCCCAUGGGCACAUGAGCUUAAGGCUCAGCCUCCGGGUUUGCAGCAGCCGCCUCCUCCGCCGCAGUCGCAGCAGCAACAGCAACAACCGCUCAACUGGCUAAAGCAGCAGCCGCAGCAGCAGCAGUACAGGGCAUACAACAACGGACCCUAUCCGCAGCAGCAGCAGCAUGAGCCAAUGAAUAUGCCAAUGGACUACCACAACAUGCAGGCACCUCCAAAUAUGAGCCAGCAGCAGCAGCACGUCAACUUGAUGCCCUCAUACGGCUACCAGCAUUUUGUGGGCGCCCCUGGAGCCGUUGACAUCUCCGCACAUAUGCCGGACAAGAUGGAGGUGUGGGAUCACCACGACAAACACAUGCCCUGGACCAACUAUACCACCAACUGGUCCAACUGAUGUGCCAGCGAAACUCAAAUGGAGGAUCUCUUCGAUGCCUGAACUGAGCAGCUCUGGCUGAGAGAACUCCUGCAAACAAAUUACCAGGACCUAGCAGAAACGUCACCAUCAAUAGCAUCUCACUGAUUUGAACUUGCAAAGCGAAAUAAUAUUUUUUGUAUUUGUACGAUUACUAUUCGGAUUCUCGGCUUCUUCUCCCCAAUCCUAAAACUUCUAACUGCCUGUCAACUUUCGUGGAAACCAACUAACAGCAACAGCUAGAUGGAAAAUUGCUACAUGGCUUUGUUCUUUAGUUUAACAAUAUAAAAACGUUUGAAUUCGGGUAAUUAUUUAACUUCGCAGGCAAAACGUGAAAUUUAACCGCAAACAUAAACAUAAAAACGCUAAAGAAAUGCAAAAUGAUAAAAAAAGCAAAAUGCUAGAAGAAAACAUGUUCGAAACUGGUGCCCAGGCAACUGGGUCCAAUAUAUAUUAUUUAUUUUUAAAUGUAUUGAUAUUUUUUGAAGAAGCAUGAAGUUAGUGGUAGCUUUUUGUGUGUUGAGCUAUAGGGAAAACGAAACGAAAAGUAAAUCUUCACACACACACAUAUACAAGCACUAACCCCUCCCCCGCACACAACACACACACAAACCCACACACCCACAUAUACACAAAUACAUUUACGUUAGGAUAAAAGUCAGUCUUAUGAAUGAAACAUUAAAUUGAAAUGUUUAGCGCCAGCUAAAGUUAAAGUACACACAAACUUUUAUUACAACACUUAUACAUAAAUACAUCUAUAUUAUAUAUUAAAUAACAUUAAUAAAGGCAACAAAUGAAUGUCGAAACUGUAAAUUCAAGGCGCGCACUACUCUCUAUAUUCCCCAGUUUUUCCACGACAAAAACCAAACCCCAAACUAAACUAAACAACAAGAAGCUAACGAAACCGGAAACUAGAACAAAGCUAUGAAAACGCAUAUGCAUACGCUAUGAAUCGCAAAAAAAGUACGAAACGAAAAACCACAGCCGACAGAUAAUUACUUAAUUCAACUUAUAACGUAUACAUACCGCAAACUACUCCCAAACUCAAAGAUACUACCAAACCAACCGAUCCGAACGAAACAUCCGAGGUGGAGCUGCUACAGAGCUUGGUGUUCUUUGGUCAGAAGUGAAUGAUGAAACCCUUGGUGUGGUCGAUACCCCGAAAAAUGUAGUUAGUAGAAAUUGAAAUUGCUUAAAUAACUAAGUAAAACGUCAAUAACAUAAUGGUCGAGUAACGUUUUAAUAUUCCAUUUACGAGAAUUAAACGAUAUACGAUACUAUGAUGAUGAUGAUUAAGAUGACGAGACGACGAAGCGGCGCUUGCUUGCCAUCUUUGAUGCUUUUCCGACACUGCUCAUAGACGUACAUAAAAAAUAUACAGAGGUGGUCAAAAGUAUUUACACAACGAGCUUUUUUUUCAAUUGUCAACUAAUUGAAAAAAAAGCUCGUUGUGUAAAUACUUUUGACCACCUCUGUAUAUGAGAUACACGAACUUUUAUUUCGAUCACCCAAUGAACGCGAGCGGAACGUGAAACUAACGAAGAAGAUAUGUAAAAACACUUGAUAAACCUUAACAAAAACCCUUCUUGCCUGAUCCUCCAGUAGGCACGAGUGAAAUCCGGAGCCCGGGACACAAGUCAAAGGUGUGGGUGGGGGUCGUAAUGCAAUUGCUUUGUAAAAUUCUAGAGGAGAACGAUAACGUUGCUUGAGAUGAUGAUAUAUAAUGCUUAGAGAACCCACGCAUAAUCUAAUAACACACAGAAACACAACAAAUCCGAUGAUUAUUGCAAGAUAUACUUUAUCGAUGAUAAUGAUGAAUAUGAAAAUACGAAAUAAAUGAUAAUAUAAGUGAAGCAUGAAACUACUUUUUUUCUAUUUUUCAAUGUUUUAGCUGCAAGCAAAUAAUGUAAUGAGAAUGUGGAGAUGUUUGUUUAAGUUAUUUGAUACAACAAAUUACGAGAAAUAUAUAUACCACAUACACAAACACCUAAACCCAAACACAUGCCCGAUAUGCCCGACAGGACCUUUAUUCGAUUUUGUUGAUUAACAAAAAGAUACAACCGAAUAUCUGAGGACAUACAGCCGUUAUGAGAUGAUGAUUGAUUAUGAGAUCCUUGAUUGAACCGCAAACAAAAC